AUGCCAGAACCGAAAACUCUCGUUUGCGCAGAUUACUCGUUGACGUGGAUAUGUGCGCUACCGCUUGAGUUGGCAGCCGCAGAAGCGAUGCUAGAUGAAACCCACCCCCGCCUUACAUCCACUGGUACAGCCCACAUCGCAUACACCCUUGGAAAAAUUGCAGGCCACAAUACCGUUAUCGCCUGUUUGCCAUCUGGUGUAUAUGCCACAGUAUCAGCAACUUUUAUCGUGUCGCAAAUCCAAUCUACCUUUCCCAAUGUUCGAUACGGAGUUAUGGUUGGCAUCGGGGGUGGAGUGCCUAGCGCUAUUACUGAUAUUCGGCUAGGCGAUGUGGUGGUGAGCAAACCGACUGGCAGCUUAGGCGGCGUCGUACAUUACGACUUGGGAAAAACCAUUGCCGGCGGGCAUUUUCAGCAGACUGGCAUGCUCAAUCAGCCACCGACACUCCUUCUGACGGCGGUCUCCAAAAUGCAGGCGGAUGAUAUGAGGAAGAAGGAUAAUCGCAUUACAAGGAAUAUCUCGGAGGUAUUCGAGCAGCAUCCGGACAUGCAACCUCGGUUUUCAAGACCUCUCACAGAGGAUCGUCUCUUUCGUUCAACAUACACGCAUUUGGAUUCAGAAAAAUCCUGCAUUGAUUGUGACGUCAAAGAACAAAUAGAUCGUGAUGCGCGAACUUCACGAGAAGCUCGAGUACACUAUGGAGUGAUUGCAUCUGGCAACCGCGUCAUCAAAGAUGGCAUGGAGCGAGAUAGUAUUGCAAAGAAGUUUGACGCCCUCUGUUUCGAAAUGGAAGCAGCCGGCAUCAUGAACCAUCUCCCCUGUCUUGUUGUUCGCGGCAUCUGCGAUUAUUGUGACUCGCACAAAAACAAAGAGUGGCAGGAAUAUGCAGCUCUCGUGGCAGCAAUUUACACCAAGGAUCUCCUCUCCAUGAUACCGAUAGAAACUCCCGCCAGUGGCCUGAAUCAAAUCAGUGGUAUUUGGAUCCCACCAUUUGAACAAAAUCCACGAUUCUUGGGUCGUGGAGACGAGAUCAGCCAGCUCAAAGACCGGAUCAUUUCAGGGAAAUAUGCCAGAAAGGUUGCGAUCUCAGGACUAGGAGGAAUGGGGAAGACCCAGAUAGCACUGGAGUUGGCCUAUCAGAUUCACCACGAGGAUCCCACAUACUCAAUUUUCUGGAUCCCGGCAACUAGCGUUGAAGCUAUCGAACAGGCAUUUCUAGGUAUAAACGAACAAUUGGGUUUACCAAAAGGACCAGGUAUCGAUGUGAAAUCUCAAGUGAAGUCAUAUCUCAGCUCCGAAGAAUCCGGCCCAUGGCUUCUUAUUAUCGAUAAUGCCGAUGAUUUCGAGAUGUGGAUGACUUCGAGUACCCAGCCUGCGCUGAAGAGUUUUCUUCCGCAGUGUCAUAAUGGGUUUAUCCUAUUUACGUCGCGGAAUCAACAGCUUGCAAGUCGGCUAGUGGGACCGGAUGUCAUCACGCUGUCACAGAUGAACGAUACCACCGCUCUUGAACUAUUGAAAGAAUCCCUUGUCCAGAAGGAUUUGCUAGAGGACAAGGAUUCUGCCAUUUUAUUAGUGCAACAGCUCUGUGGUCUGCCCCUUGCUCUGGUUCAAGCUGCCAGCUUUAUCAAUGAAAAUUGUAUGUCUUUGGAUGAAUAUCUUGGCCUGCUUGGUGAUCAGGAAGACACAAUAAUUGAAUUACUCAGCGAAGACUUUGAGGACAGCUAUCGGUACACAGAAACCACAAAUCCGGUAGCGGUUACCUGGCUUAUCUCCUUCCAGCACGUGAAGAAGUCCAGUAGCUUGGCGGCGGAAUUUUUAUCAUUUAUCGCAUGCAUCGAUCACCGCGAUAUUCCGUUAUCACUUCUUCCGUGCAGUGGAUCGUCAUUGGAGAAGCAAAAAGCGCUGGGAAUCCUCAAGGCUUACUCAUUCGUUACCGCACAGGUGAAUGGUCACCUUAUCAGCAUGCACCGACUGGUUCAUUUAGCCACAAGGAACUGGCUCAAGAACGAGUCUCUACUGCAAGAGUGGACGAGUAAAGCGGGCGAACAUUUCAACCAAGUCUUUCCAUCAUGUGACCCCAAUAAUCGAAAAUUGUGGCGAGAAUACCUUCCCCAUGCUCAAAGUUUACUUCAGAGUCGAAAGAUACAGCGAGCCGACAUGGUGUUUCUGGCCAUAUGCGACGGACAAUUUGGAAAACUCGAAAUCGAUGAUGGAUGUCUCCUAGAAAUUUUAGCUUGGAUGGCUUGGACAUACGGUAAACAGGGGCGAUUAAAGGAGGUUGAAGGGUGUGGGCUUGAACUUAUCGAGGCAGCAAAGAGGUUGCAAGGUGUUGAUCAUCCUGACACGCUAGCAUACAUGAACAACCUCGCGUUGAUAUAUAAGGAUCUGGGACGACUCAAGGAAGCUGAGGAGCUUGGGCUACAAGUCACCGAGACAAGCAAGAGGGUCCUAGGUAUUGAGCAUCCCGAGACGCUGGCCAGUAUGAGUAGCCUCGCGUUGGUAUAUAACGAUCUUGGGCGAUCCAAGGAGGCUGAGGAGCUUGCGUUGCAAGUUCUUGAGAAAACCAGCAGGCUGCUAGGUGCUGAGCAUCCUGACACGCUGAUCGGUAUGAGUAGCCUUGUGUUGAUAUAUAUCGAUCUUGGGCGAUUCAAGGAGGCUGAGGAGCUUGGGCUAGAAGUUCUCGAGACAGAAAAGAGGGUACUCGGUGUCGAGCAUCGCCAUACGCUGGACAGUAUGAGUAACCUCAUGUUGAUAUAUAACGAUCUUGGGCGACUCAAGGAAGCUGAGGAGCUUGGGCUACAAGUCGCCGAGACAAGGAAGAGGGUCCUAGGUGCUGAGCAUCCUGACACGCUGAAAAGUAUGCGUAGCCUCGUGUUCAUAUAUAAAAAUCUUGGGCGAUUCAAGGAGGCUGAGGAGCUUGCGUUGCAAGUUCUUGAGAAAACCAGCAGGUUGCUAGGUGCUGAGAAUCCGGACACGCUGAAUAGUAUGCGUAGCCUCGUGUUGAUAUAUAAAGAUCAAUUUUGGGCGAUUCAAAAGGAGGCUGAGGAACUUGCGUUGCAAGUUCUUGAGAAAACCAGCAGGUUGCUAGGUGCUGAGCAUCCUGACACGCUGACCAGAAUGUGGGACCUGGCAUGUACUUGGGCCGCGAUGAAUCGUCACGCAGAGGCCAUAACCAUGCUUGAAGAAUGUGGCCGACUACAAGAAAAGACCCUCGGACCUCAUCACUCUCAGACUAUUAAAACGAUGUCAACACUGGAAGCUUUGAAGAACGGUAUCCUCUGA